GAGGCGUUAUUCGAUAUGACGGAGUAUUAUGAAAGCGCAACGACAUUGUCUAUCGCUGGGCCGCGGCAAUUUGGCAUCCGAGGGUGGCAGGCCGCUUCUAGGAUGAUCAAAAAGAGUGCCGAUCUAUCAGAGCUGGAGAUAUCGGACGCGCCGCUAGAAGCCUCUCAUGCUCCAGUCUUGGCUCGGUCCAUAAGAGCACAUACCUGCACCUUAAGAGCGCUGUGCUUGCAGCGGGUGUGUCUCACCGGGGAACCAUUGUUAUGUUUAGUGAUAGCUCUGAAAUCGAACAGUUCUAUAAGGGAGCUCCGACUAUGCGACAAUCGGCUCGGCGUGUCGGACGCGGCGCAACUAGCGUCACUACUGCGGUACAACACACGCAUACAACUGUUGGACCUCUCCAAUAAUAUUAUACAGGAUGCUGGAACAGCCCACUUGGCUGAUGCUUUAGCUGAACAAGCAGCUCAGUCACCGCCUUCUGCGGCAGCUUCACCUCUGUCGCCGCACCGAUGUCAAGUGGGAGGUCACGACGCGCGGGGACUGGCGUUUUUAGUCUUAUGGAACAAUCAAUUGACUAGAAAUUGUGCACCAUAUCUCAGUAAAGCGGUGCGCUCGAGCCCGUCGCUGUGCGUGCUGAACGUGGGCCGCAACGCGCUGGGCGGCGAGGCCGUGCGCGCGCUGCCCCGCGGCGCCGCGCUCGCCUCGCUGGGGCUGCAGGCCGCGCGCCUGGCGCCAGACGCCGCGCCGCCGCUGGCCGACCUCAUACGGGCCGACACCAACUUACAGCGAUUAGAUCUCCGCGAGAAUCGACUGGGCGCGGCUGGUCUACAGUUACUACUGAACGCUAUGAAGGACAACUCCACGCUCACACAAAUUGAUCUAGACGAGCCGCCUAACCAAGAAUCCUCAACUCUCCUCGCGGAGGACUCGGAGACGGCACUAAUCCGUCGCAUCACGCGCGAGAUCCGAGCGGCCUGCACUCGCAACGUGGCGGGUACCACAGACCCGGCGCACGACACGGCACUGCCACACGACGCCGCGCUACAUCGGAAGAUCAGUCUCACCUGUCAUACUGCGUGUUUGAUAAGGCAAGGCCUGGGUGGCGGCGAGGAGGAGCGGCGCGUGCGGCUGCUCCCCUCCCCCGCCGGCAGCCCCGUCCCCGCGCCGCACCCCACCUCGCGGUUCAUGGUGACUCGUGUGACUCCGGAGCGAGACUCGUCAACAGACAGCAAUGGUUCCUCCUCCUCCGCGUCCUCCACCCCGACCAGGCUCGCAUACUGUCCUCCGUCGAGGUUCCGAGUCGUACAGGUCCUAGAACCACCUCAAAUACAAGUGCACCCAGCGUCCAGUCAGCCUAGAAAAUCUCCAUCACGGUUUUCAGUGACCAGAAAUUACGAUUCGGUUUAUAACCCGAAUCCAACGCCACCGAACAGUCCGGCGCAACCAACUCUAUACACUCAACUACAAAACGAUGUCGUCACACAAUUAAAACACGAAGCUAACGUUAGUGCUCAAGCGAAAAAUUUAACAGACGUUAGCGCUCAAGCGAAAAAUUUAAUUGACGUUAGCGUUCCAAUGAAAAAUUUAAUUGACGUUAGCGUUCCAAUGAAAAAUUUAAUUGACGUUAGCGGUCAUGGGACAAAUCUAACAGACGUUGGCGCUCAAGCGAAAUGUAUACCAGUUACCGCUACUAGUCAGAAAAGCGAAAUCAAUGUUAACGCUGAACAGAAAAAGGAAGCCACUGUAAGCGCUCAACAGAAUAAAUUUGUAGAAGUUACCGCUCAACCGACAAUCGAAGUCAGUGUAAGCGGUCAACAAAAAAGCGCUCAAGAGAAAAAUUUAACAGACGUCACCGCUAAACAAAUAAGCGAAGCUGUUAUAAGCGGUGAACAGAAAAAUAUUCCUCAUACGAGUGCUCAAGAGAUAAAAUUAACCGGAGUUAGCACUGAACUCAAAAAUGAAGACAAAAUUGAAUUUAUUGAAGUGUCGACUAAAGAUAAUGUUCAAAGUAAAUCAGAAAUACAUAACGAUGUACAUACACAAAUCAAACAUGAUAUAGAUAUCAAACCUAAGAAGAUAAUAACUACACAAGUAAGAAGCGAAGCGAUGAAACAAUCUAAGAAUGAAUCUUCAAAAGAAAUUAACCCAAGCGAUCACAAUGCAACUGAAACGACGAAAAAUCUAGUUACAACGCAAAUUAGUCACUAUCCCACUCAAAAUAAAGCGGAAAUCGACGAUAAAUCUAAAUUCGGUAUCAACAAACAUUCAGAUUUAACUGAUACAGCAAUGUUCAAAAAUAUUGUUACGACACAAGUUCAGAAAGAGCAAAUAAUACAGAAAAAUGAUGAUUUUAAAACGCAAAAUCAAAAUUUAGAGACCAAAUCUCUAAUCGAAACGGAUUUGGCUAAAGAAUUAAACAACGUAUGUCUUAUAAUGGGUAAAAGUAACAUAAGUGAAGUCGAUGAAACUAUAUCAAAGGAAAUCGACAACAAAGUUGGUAUUAAAAAUAUACCGAUUAGCAACAUAACAGUAUUCAGAACUGAUAUUGGUGUCAAGCCUGACAAACAAUCAACAAUACCAGUUACUCUUGAAGAAAAAUCUGUAACUGGAGAGAAGUCUAAAAGAGAUUCAGACGCAACGAAAUACGACACAGUAUCAGAGACCCAAGACGAACAUGCAAAUAGAAAAACAGAGCUUCCUACCGAAACUUCGGUUAAAAAUACAAGGACACACAAAGGCGAAUCGAGUAAAACAAAGACUUCACCGUCGCAAUCUAUUUUACCGAAGCCUUGCAUAGCAACUAUAGAAGAAUCCCCUGAAAACGACGACGUAGACAUAACUGAUUCCGGAAUGAAAACGAAUGAUACAAUAAAAGAGAACAGUAAAAACGAUGAGUGUAUAAAAACAGAUAAAGAACACGUUGAAACACGUGUUCCGAGUGAAACAAAACCAGAUGUGAUAACUAGUAUUAAACCACAAUAUAAAAGUGAAAUUAGUUAUAGUGAAGUGUUAAAAAGUGACAAAAAAACCAAAGUGUUUAACGACCAAACUAGUAGACAUAGUGUAAAUCAAUCUAAAAUAGUGAAUAAAAAUAGUGUAACUCAAAGUUUAGUACCUGUCGAUAGCAUUAUAUUAAAGAAGAAUAAAAGUGAGUCCAGUUUGGACAGUCCAGACUUAGAAGUUUCACGAUUUAUGGGUAGCAAUAUUGAAACUAGUGUGUUUGAUAGUAACUCCUCGCUAGAAAUCUCUGGGAGCUCUAUGGAGAGCUUGAAUGAACAGAAACCUAUUCAAGAACUAGAUAGAAGAAAAGUUGGGGCGCUCUCUAAUGAAGGGAGCCUUGAAUCCGGGAGCGAAGUUACCCCUGUUAACAGCGGAAACUUCCUCAACCUAUCCGUCAGCUCGAAUGAAAGUGUUUCGCCAAUAUUUGGGAAGACCAAAGUCAUUCACGACUCCUUAUCGAGCUUAGAAGCCAGUGUCAGCUCUUUAGACUCGAAGGACAGGGUGAUGGUGACGUCAGCUGAUUCUGGCAUAGAGUACUCACUGCAGCACCCUACUGAGAACAAAGAGGACAAUUCCUCCAACGAGGGUACUCUAACAAACAAUUCCAGUUUAAAGGAAUCCAUCAAAAAACCUGAAGCUUUCCAUUUAGUCGACAGCGCUUCGCCUAAGCGCACGUCUAGUUUGUUAGACGUGCCCGCGCUAGAAAAUAAGGGUAUAAGGGAUCGGAUUAGAAAGAUUUCCUGGGUAGCACCCUCACCCAGCUUCCAUAUACCCCGUCCAGAAGAAAAAGAAGCGAAGCCAUCUCAUCUAGAGAAGCUUCUAAGUAUAUUCCAGCACCCAAGCUCAAUAUUUUCUAGAAGCUUAACGACUGACGAUGAUAAAAAGGUUUCGAGCACACCUCCAAGAAGAGAUCUGUCUCUAUCUAGCUCUUUCUGGUCUUGGGGCUCAGCGGUAGAGAAAGAAAGAGAAGAAGAUAGUUCAGAAGCUACAGACUCGACACUGUCAGAGAGAGUGCAAGUCUCAUUCGUAGACGAAUCGUUCUCAAAGAAACUCGAUUCGAAGACUCCUUCAACGGACACAGAUAAUACAUUGAGCGAGUUCCACUCGUUCCCAACACAUGAAAGCGAAGUAGAUGAAAAGGUUACCCUGACCACCGAAGAUAUUAUAGUACAAAAUAUAGAUUUAAGCGUAAUUAAUAAUACUAGGAAAGAAGAAAAAGAUGAUAAGGAACAGAGGCCAAGGUCUUUCGCGGCCGUUCUAAAGAGUUCAGGCUCAGAGAACUCCUUAGAAAAACAAAUUAAUAGUGAAAACGGACAACCAGUCGACAAGCUACCCAGUAAAGUGAUUCGAGGCAUCAAAGAGAAUAUAAGCCCAGAAAACACAUUGACCUCAAGCAUGUCCAACACAGAAGCGUUGGCGGAAGAACUAGAGAAACAAGUGCGAAUUUCGGCCGUCAGUAUAUGGGAUCCAAGUAAAAUUGAGCCCAAAACUGAUGAUGUUAAAGCCCCAAGUGAUUUGGCACCGAUAGCGACCAUUGAAGAAACUUUAGAUGAAGACAAUCCUCUACAGUUAGCGUAUAUAGAUGACAAAUUAGAUGAAUUGAAUAUAGAGAACCGAGUUCUGGACUCUGAUAAACAAUCCAAGUCUACAGAGAUUGAUUUGGGCAGAGACGCACUUUCGUACUUGAUUUACGAAAAUAGAGAUUUCGAAAUAGGGUCCGAAAGCGUAGUGAAGACUACAGCACAGCAGGGGUCUUUAGCUGAAGAAUUGAAAGAAGCUGAAAUCAAAGAAAUAUUAGACUUAUCCCCUGAAUUAGUUAUCGACGAGAAUUUACAAGAGAAUGUCUUCACGCCCAAAGAAAUUAUCGGUUUGCGGACAUCACCAAUAAUACCGGAACGGGCGAAGCUUAAGAAAUCUAAUUCAUUGGAGAAUUUGCCGCAGUGUUCGGACGAUAAGAGUCCGAAAACUAAAACUAUUGCUUUUAAAGUACCAGAGAGUACUACGCCGAGAGAUAUACCUGAACGUAGAUCAAGAUUGAGGACACGAAGUGGUUCCAGUCCAAAAUCUUUACCAGAGAGCUUAAACAAGCCUUGCCCGUUGACUAAAAUGGAGUCCAUUUUGAGUAAGAAGAAAAAGAAGGUGUCUUCUUUAGGGAAAAUAGCUAAGGAUUCUCUCCUCGCAUUGAACAUGAGUGAGGAGGAGAUAGCGGAGUUCAGAAGGUCAUAUAAACUGACAUCUGUUGAGAGUUUGAAAUCGCUAGAGUCAGUUUCUGAGAGCGGCAACUCGGUGGACUCCCGAUGUAGGGCUUGUUUGAGGCAGUCCCAAGAAAGUUUGAUGUCUUUGGAUUCCAUAUCUGAAGAUUGCCGAUGCACAGAUGAUUGUGAACGACCCGGUAUGUCGGGAAGAUAAAUUGUAUCAAGUUUUCUAAAAUAUAUUACUUAAUAAAUCACGUGAAUUAUAGAACUUAGGCAGUUGUCUCACCGGCAACGAUGAAUACCUAACGAGUAGAGUUAGAAUGGGAAACGAGUUGGUGACUCGCGGGGAACUAGUGCGUAUAGUUCCGAUAGUUAUUCCGUAUAGUCCGUAUUAAUUCGCAUGUAAACACCACAUGUGGGAUGUAGGCUUUUGUGACGUCAUCCGUUAAUUUGUUUUCAUUGAUGGUCUAUGUGCAUGAGCUGUCAUUUGACAUGACACACGUCAAAUGUCACAAGACAGGAGACAGUCAGCGAUCAACUAUUCAUAUAUGCAUCUCUUUUGUUUAUCUUGUCUAUUAUGAGCGAGAAAAUAGUCCAUAGUUAGUCGUUUUCUCGUCAGCGGUGGGACAAGAGCCUUACGAUCGAACUUAAACGUCGCUAAAUUCUAAGGCGCUCUCAUCAAUACUUCUGCCAAUACAAUAUUUUUUAAUAAAAUGACAGGGAUGGCACAACUUAAAAUUUAGUUGCGUUUCAGUAGGGCUUUAGCCGAUUCGGAGUCGCGGAGAACCUAACGGGUAACCGGGGCUCCGGCUCGACGUGCAGGAGAAGGAAC